CAAUCAAACUGUUCCAUUGCAAUAGAGUGCAUUGACCAACCUGCUCCUGGUGCCAAUUCUAGCAAAGAGCGAGUCAGUUGGAUAGAUGUUGCUUCCGUGUUUGUACUAUUGAGUGUAAAGUGAAUAGAAGAGUACCGAGAUGCAAUCAAAGUUGUUUUGCCACUCAUCUAACUAAAAUGGCGUCUAUGUUUAUCAUUUAGUUAACAUUCUUUAUGUGUUCGUUUCUCAGUGAUCACAUCCGAGUGAGUCAUUAACCAACAUAGCAAUGACAUUUUUAUAGCACAAAGUGAGAAUACGUUUUUGAAACGUUUGUAGAAGACUGGCAAGUGUGAUUUGUACACCAUAAUAAUGCGCGAAUUCAAAGUCGUCGUGCUUGGCUCGGGUGGGGUCGGGAAGAGUGCUUUGACCGUUCAGUUUGUGUCUGGAUGUUUCAUGGAAAAAUAUGAUCCUACCAUAGAAGAUUUCUAUAGGAAAGAAAUUGAAGUGGAUAAUUCUCCGUGCGUUUUAGAAAUAUUGGAUACCGCCGGCACAGAACAAUUCGCAUCCAUGCGAGAUUUGUAUAUAAAGAAUGGCCAAGGAUUUGUAGUUGUAUAUUCAUUAACAAACCAUCAGACUUUCCAAGAUAUCAAGCCAAUGAAGGAAUUGAUUACACGCGUCAAGGGAUCGGAACGUGUGCCCAUCCUGCUAGUGGGAAACAAGGCCGACUUGGAACAUCAACGCGAGGUUUCACAGGCUGAGGGCUCAGCGCUCGCCCAGAUGUGGGGCUGCCCGUUUGUGGAAGCAUCGGCGAAGAGCCGUACCAACGUCAACGAAAUGUUCGCCGAAAUAGUGCGUGAAAUGAACGUUAGUCCUGAAAAGGAAAAGAAACCUUAUUGUUGUUGUACAGUGCUUUAAUAUUUAGUGUGUAAUGUGGCAUUUAUUUCUCGUAAGACUGCAAGGGCGAGGAGGGAGUGAGCCCACCUCGGCUGACGGCCGCAACCUCCAGCGGGGCCUGGGCAGCGGCGCGCCGGCCCCGAUCGCUGGACUUUCGGCGGUCGUGAUGCGCGUCAUAUCACGUUGUUAAUAUCUUUGAUACAUACCAUUGUCCAAUCGAGGUGCUUUAUCUUAUAUUUUCAUACUUUAGUACUGGUAGAUACUCCCGCAGUAACCAUUAUCAUACAAAGUAAACAAAAUGUUUGUGUAUGUUCCGACGGGACAUUAUAUUUAGCUUCAAGUAACGAUCAUGAAUAAUUUUGUAUCAGUCUUCAAAAUCAAAGGUGGAAUCAAAAGCUGUAUUGGAGUUUUAAGCAGCCGUAACAUUUGUAAUGUAAAGUAAUAUUAGUCAACUUUGUAUAUAAUUUCAUGAGAUUAAUGAUGUGGAAGGACAAGGACGGUUUUAGAGAAUAAAAGGCCAUCCAAAUAUGCAAUAAUCUAAUAUGAUUGUGUAGAGUGAAGUGCGCUGAGUAAGAUUUUACACUAAGUCAUAUUGCAGAUUGUGUUUAAUUGUGUAAAUUAUGUUUAUAUGAGAAAUCAGUAAUCAAGGAAAUACAGACAAAGAUUUGUCAGUUGCGUGAUUGUGUUUUAAAGUCUACCAGGAUUUGUGAUAAUACAUAUAACAAAGUAUCUAUAAUAAAAGUUUUAAGUGGGAGAUUAAAA